UAGGAGCUUUGUGGAUUCAAAGGAUUUGCUUUCCCCUCUCAAAGAGCCGCCAUUCUUUGAUGAUUGGGCAGCGGCAAACUUCAAAGUAAUAAAUCUUAUUUCUGACUGGCUGGCGGCCCACCAAAGUCCUUAUCAAAUUCUAAGAAGUGAUCCCUCACUCUUCAGAUAGACUGAGGAUAUAUCGGAGAGAGGAGGUACAGGAGAGUGAAGACCUGCCCCGACAAGAACCAAUUUUUCUUUCUUUUUUUUUUCUUUUUUUGCCACAUUUGGUCAAAAUUAGCGCGUUUAUUUCUUAUUAGUUUGCAUCGGGUGGAGGAGGACGCGCACCAUGGCAGCGGUGGCUGUUCUGCGGAAUGAAACACUGCAAGCUUUCCUCCAGGAUCGCACUCCAAACUCCUCUCCAGAGAACUGUAAGCACUCUCCUCUGGCGCUCCUGGCCGCAACCUGUAACCGGAUAGGACACCACCACGGAUCCAACCACGCUGAUUUCCUCCAAGUUCCUUACGAUCCCACUCUGGGCUCGCCUUCGCGUUUAUUUCACCCGUGGACUAACGAAGGGAGCCCCCAGAGCAGCUCAACUUUCGGACUAUCCUCCAAGCCUCAGCUCUCUGCGCACAUCCAGAGCUCCUUUAGCUCCCAUCACGAACUGCCCCUCACCCCUCCGGCGGAUCCCUCUUACCCCUAUGACUUCUCCCCAGUUAAGAUGUUACCUUGCUCCAUGCAGUCCCUUCAGUCCACCUGCCCCCCCACAUACGUCCCUGCCGUCAGCUACGCAGCUCCGGGGCCCAUCCCGCCCCAGAUGCCGGGUUUCGUGACGGGACCGUCCGGCCUGGUUCACCAGCCGCAGAGACAGUUAUCUCCAAACCCCGGGGAGGACAUCCCGUGGUGGAGCCUGCAACAAGGGAACCACGUCAGCCACUCUUCCUCUCUUGGUCCCCACCGCUUCCAGCUGCAGAGAGGUUUGGUGCUUGGGCACACGGACUUUGCGCAAUACCAGACGCAAAUCGCCGCCUUGCUGCACACCAAAUCCCCUCUCGCCACGGCGCGGAGGUGCAGACGGUGCAGGUGCCCUAACUGUCAGUCCUCCACCUCCAGCGACGAGCCCGGCAAGAAGAAGCAGCACAUCUGUCACAUACCGGGCUGCGGGAAGGUGUACGGAAAAACGUCUCACCUUAAGGCGCACCUGAGGUGGCACUCCGGGGAGCGGCCGUUCGUGUGCAACUGGCUGUUCUGCGGCAAGAGCUUCACCAGGUCGGACGAGCUGCAGAGACACCUGAGGACUCACACGGGAGAAAAGCGCUUUGUGUGUCCGGACUGCUGCAAGAGGUUCAUGAGGAGCGACCACCUUGCCAAACACGUCAAAACGCACCAGAAUAAGAGGAGCAAGUGCCACGAGAAGACACUUGAUCAUGUCAAGAGAGAGGACACCAGGAGUAUGUUGUAACACUGAUCACUUUGCCCAAUUUCGUACCUAGGCUUUGCCAUUUCGUACCUACAUACUGUAGAGCUGAUCAUCUGCUUAAAAGUUCCUUGACAUUUAUUUUUUUUCUUUAUUAGAAAUUGCAGAGAUACUCUAUUAUAACAAUGCACAUACUUGACUUACAGUAUUAUUUUUGGAAAAUAGAUUAUCUACUGAUCUUUAAAGAUCAAUAAGCUCUUAUGAAAACUAACCUUUUUAUCUAAUUUCCUCUUAAUAAAUCAUAAAUUAGGUUAUAAAUGACCUUAAGUAGAAAAUGAGCAGUUAAUUGAAAUCAUCAGCUGUCGGUUGUAGGUUCGAAAUGACAAAAAUGGUAAGGGAGUGAACUGACCAGCACUCUUUGAGGCUCAACACACCUUCUAGUCAAUUCAAGCAGUAGAAAUUCUAUAACAUAGUGCAAUACAGUCAGUCAUUAGUUCAAAGUGCAUAUUAAGGUGCAUUUUUGGAAGGAUAUUCGAACAUUUCGGGUUGAUUUCUUAUAUCCUGACUGUAGUUCUUAACUUUGCUGGUCUUUGCUCGGUGUGUGUAUAAAGUUUAACGAGUUCAUUUUGGGAAGAUCGAACAAGUUUGGAUUAUUCACUGUUUAUAUCACAUCACAGAAAAGACAAGUUUUACGACUUGUGUUUUGAUUCAUUGUCUUCGGUGGAAGAUUUCACUCCCCUGUAAAUUCUAUUUAAUAGCUUUUGUUGAAUGAAAGUGUUUGUUUCUUGCUCCAUAUGGAGGUGUUUUUUUUGUUUUUUUAAAGCAUGCUAUUGAAAAGAUCUGCUAUUGUUGACAUGACCCCAAAUACUGUGUGAGAAUAAAAGUUAUAAUAUUUUC